AUGGGCGGCGAUAAGAAAGGCGUUUCCGGUGCCGGUUGCUUGAAGCCGCUCAACCGCGUCUCCCCUGCCUACGUGCCCGGCGCCGGCACCGGCGCCGUGUACUUCCUCGUCGGCUCCGCGCUCGGCGUCAUGGCGGUGCUCUACGCAUCCGGGCUGGCGGAGUUCGGCGGCGCGUGGGCCUCCGGGGCGCGGUGGGCUGAGGUCGGCGGCGGAGAGUGGGCCUCCGCGGCGCGGCGGGCUGCUCAACUGGCCGGAUCGGUCGGCGCCCACCACCGCCUGCUCGUCGCAAUCUCGCUCCUUUUCCUGGCCGUCAGUGUCUGGCGCCUCGCCAAGCGCUGCGCCGCCGUGGAGGGGCGCGUCGGCAGCACGGACUCCGCGGUGCGUGCGAUGCAGGUGGGGGGAGUCGUGUGCGCCUUGUGCGAGUCCAAGAUUCGGGCCCUGAAGAGAGGCCGCCGUGGCGUGGAGCGCACCCGCUCGGACGACUCGAGCGCUUGUCCUGACAAGCCGGUCUCGAGGUCGCUGGCUGCUGAAUUCGAGCAGGAGGCUGCCAGGGAGGAAGACGACAAUGAUGGAGAGACCAGCGAUUCAGAAGAAGGCAAUGUGCAGUAUCUGAGGAGGAGGCUCAAGGAGGAGAGGCUGCUGAAGGAGGUUGCCCUCGAGGAGCUGGAGAAGGAGAGGCAUGCUGCAGCGUCUGCAGCUGACGAGGCCAUGGCCAAGAUUGCGUGCCUGCGUAGCGAGAAGGCGCUGGUGGAGAGGGAGGCGCGGCAAUUCUCGGAAAUGAUGAAGCAGAAUCAGAUGUAUGACCGGCAGGUGAUUGAAUCACUUCAGUGGGUGAUCAUGAAGUCUGGAAUGCAAGGCUGGGAGCCCGAGGCCAUAUCUGAUCGAGCCGUGUCGGAAACAAGCGAGGAUGACAGAGAUAAGAAGUAG